CUGUAUUCCUGUACCGUAGUAGGACUGAAAAAAAUAAUGACACCGAUACGUAUCGCUCCCAGGCCUUCGACUGAUUCAGUCCUGUAUUGCUAAAAGAAGCAACAAACCAAUAAAAAGGCAGGGGUGCAAAAAAGUACGUACCGGCGCCGGCGGGUACGAGUAACGUACCGUAGGAUACUCGUACUUGCAUGGGUAUGGUAGGUAUCGUACAACAAGGUACGUGUUCUGUAUUCAUUACGAGUACUCGUACUCAUUCAUUCCGGUUUAGUUCUUGAACGAACCAUGACACUUUUGUUUUUACGACGGGGAUCAACUUUAGUACACGUAAGCCGCUGAUGAUACGGCGUGCCUGUUCCAAAUGCCAACACGAAAAGAUUACGGCACCGUACAAUGCCUUAUCGAAACUGCUGUUCUCGUUGUUCCCGUCGUUCACUUUUCUUUUACAAGAAUGCUCACCCACCGUACAGUGCCUCACUAGUAGCCGGGACCAGAGGAAUGGCCAAGAAUACGAACUCGUUCCCCAACGUUCCCAUAUUUUUCAGCGACUGUUAACAAAGCCUUCCGCAAAAUGAUUCUUCAAUCGAGACUGAAUACCCUCUUUGCAACCCUCGCAUACCCGGUGACGAUAUUGCUCUUGUCCAUCUUGGCACCGUCGGAGGCAUUCACCGCGACCGCGACAAGGGCAAUCACAACGGCACCGUUCAAUCUGUUGCUUGUAGCCCCGCAUCGCGGCAGUUGCGACGAUCGGAAUUGCAACGGGCAUUUCAGAACAACGAGCGUUCUUCGGCUGGAUGCCUCCCGGGCAGACGUCGACCCGCAGCCGCGCGAGAGCGAGGCGGAAGCCCUCAAGGCGGAGGCGGAAGCCCUCAAGGCGAGGGCCGAGCAGCUGAGGUCGGAAAUCGAGCAAGGCACAUCGCACCAAAAGAAGAACGGGAUAGACGACGAGGGGAGCGGCACCGGUGGGUCCACCGCCGCCGUUUCGCCGCAGGCGGCCGCGUCUCCUUGGGCCGUGGUUUCGGGAGACUCGAACGAGGAGGGGGAUAGGGGCUACCGGUUGUACGUAGAUAUCGGUAGAGAGGAAGGGUCGUGGAUGGAUCCUCGGUGGGCAGCCAGUGGCAAGAGAAUCGAAUUCGCCCUUGACAUCAAAUUGCUAGCUAAUUCCCUUGCGACACCCGAAGCUUCGCAGAAAAUGGUGAAGGACAACACCGUGGGCAGCAGCUCCCCUGUAUUUGCCCUGAAAACGGCGCCGUUUGCGCGGCUGCGAGACGGUUUUGACCGCAUGGAAUGCAAUGACGGAGCCUACCGCAUUGAUUCCGGAAAAAACGGCAUGAACACCCUGCGGAUGUACGUGGAAGUGGAGGGUACGGUCCGAGCCGAUCAGAGCUAUGUAUACGGUGACGUGUCGAUCCCGGCUGGUCGCCUAUACUUUUCUCUCCCCUGUUUUGGCACCGGAAUUGACAACCUUUCGAUCAAAGAGGGUGUGGUAAGCGUCCGGCAAAUGGGCUGGCACACCGGCUGGCGGAGAGAAGAAAGCAGGAUAUGCGGCGUGUUCACUGCAAAAUCAUUGCAAGAGGCGAAAAAGAGGGAUCCGUAUUGAAGAAAAACAAACGUGAUGGGUCACCGCAACACCUUUCCACCGACGACGAACUGCUGAUGCAAAAACUGUAAUUAAUUAAAAAAGAUUAUCUGUCCCAUCAAAAGUGAAAUAAAGCUAGUGAUAGGGAGAAAAGGGAUAAUGAUAAAAGAUGAAAAGAUGGUUGACCAGACAAAAUUGUGGACCCCAAUCUCUUUAAUUAUACUAUGACUUUGAUGGGUGUAUAAGUAUAGUAGUAAAAUCUUUACAAUAAUGAUACAAAACAAUG